AGCCUCUUGCCUUCGUCAGCAGCGAUCUUUCCAGUCGCAUGCCGAAGUUGGGAACAGACCAUGUCUAACGAUUCUGCUGAUUACAACAGAGAUCGAGACCUUGGGGCGGUCAGGUCGAUGCCUUGCAUCAAAGGCUUCGUCAUAGCACAAGCCCAGUCUGGCACUGGCAAAACUGCCACGUUUGCCAUCUUUAUCCGGCAGACGGAGACCCAGGCUCUGGUGCUGGUCCCCCAGGUAUGCUGAACCUGAGGUCAGGUUAAACAUGGCUCUUUCUCAGACCAAGGCGGCAUAUUGUGACAGUGGCUUAAAACGAAGAUCCAGAAGGUCAUUCUGGCUCUGGGGGGCCACCUGCCAUGCCUGGAUUGGAGGGAUUAACGUCCGCUGUGAAAUGCAAAAGCUGCAAGCCGUGGCCCCCCAUAUAGUGGUGGGCACCCCCAACCGUGUUUUCCACAUGUUUAACAGGAGAUGCAUGUCUAAGUACACACCAGUCCCCUAAAUGGAUCAAGAUGUUUGUCCUGGAUGAGGCAGACGAGAUCUACGACAUCUUCUAGAAACUCUGCACAAACACGGAUGGCCCUGCUCUCAGCCACCAUGCCUGCGGACGUGCUGGAGGUGACCAAGAAGUUCAUGCGAGACUACAUCCUGGUGAAGGGGGAGCUCACCCUGGAGGGCAUCACGCCGUUCUACAUCAACGUGGAGCGAUAGGAGUGGAGGUUGGAUACGCUGUGCGACCUGUACGAGACUGACCGAUCAUCACCCAAGGCGGUCAUCUUCCUCAACACCAGGAGGAUAGUGGACUGGCUGACAGAAGAUGCACGCCUGGGAUUUUACAGUCUGCCCUGGCCCGUGGAAUUGAUGUACAGCAAGUUUCCCUGAUCAUAAACUAUUAUAAAGAGGACAAGCGGAUUCUUCGAGACGUUUUACAACACGACUAGAGACUGCCCAUGAAUGUUGCAGACAUGAUCUGAGUCUUCUGGGUUUGACCUUUCACGCGCAGCAAUGAUGGUCAGCAACUCCCAAGUUGCCGAUAAUCAAGAAACUCUUUUCAAAUGUUAAACAUUGACUCUGAUUUGUGUAAGCGACGUGACAUCAAUGUUGGUCGCUCUGGGACAGUUGUAGAAUCUGUCAGUUGGAGCUGUGAUGGUGUUUUUCUGCAUUCUUUCGAUUAUCAAUGUGUGUUGGAUGUUCAUCAUUUGGUAAUGAUCUACUUGUGGCCAAAGAGAGGUGAUGUUAAGUUAGCAAAUUGUUAUGCAUGCAUAUGUGAAGUCUUUAAUGUACAGCCAGAUUAUAUUGUCUGGUAUUGAUUUUUAUUUGCCUUUUUUUCCCACUGCCUGUUAGCACAAUUCUGUGAAGUUAUGUUUUAUAAAUAUAAUGCAUCACUCUU